AUGCGUGAGGAGGGGCAAACUGUUCCCUCGCCGAGCGAAGAAGAAUCCUCAGCAUCUAAGCCUGAGGGAUACGAUAUCCCUAGCGCGUCCAGCGAAGACAGCUCCUCAAUCGCUUCCGAAGACAAAUUCACUAUUCCCCCGUUCGAGGGAGAACAGGAACCCUUGAACCCUGCCACAGACGAUUUAAACCUUAGAAUUCCCCUCUGCGUGUAUGGCCUCCUCCGACAGAUAUUCCCCCCGGAAGAGGGCUACCAACAUACACACACCACCCGGCACACGGGGGAUGUCGACUUUCAAGUGCUGCACGUGGGCCACCCUACCACAGGAAGGUUCUUUUGUCUAUUGUCUGGACCCACGCCUUCGAGGGCCCCGUUCUGGUAUUCAUAUUCCGUCUGGCUCGCGAUGGAGCUGGAUAUCAUGGAACGCCUCACCACCCCGGAAACACCGAUCACUGGGAUGAUCUGGCGCGAGGGUGAAUUCGGGCUCUACGAGCGCCGUCGGGUAGACGGAAGCAUCAUCACGGCGCCGGGAACCAUCGUUCAUGACCGAAGGCACUCCUUCGAUGUCGUUGAGUAUUGGCUCUUCCUCGUGAAAUUUCUUCUGGGAUUCAGGAGCGAUGUUCAUUAUCGUGACAUCCCAAUGAUCCCUUUCGAGGCACAGACCUAG